UGGCAGUCACAAGUUCAAACUCCUCUCAGACGGAGAGCACUGCGGCCCAUGGCGCCUCGUGCUGUUUGAUUUUAAGGCUUCGAAAUUCCUUGUGAAAAAUGUGAGAAGGCUGAGCCUUUCUUUAUUGCUUUGGCCCCUCCCCUCCUCGGCUCCUGCUAGCUGCUAUUACUCUUACAAAAACAAAUAUAUAUGCUGCCUCUUUUAUAUGUUUUAGGGCUGCGCGGUACCCUCCCCGUGGUAUGGUCUGUGGUGGCGCGCGCGCGCGCUUUUCCGCGCUGAUUUUCGCGGAUUCCAGUGGUGGAAGGCGUCAAAACUUGGCGCGGGCGUCCCCUUGCGCCUCUCUGCGUGUUCCUCAGGGAUCUCCUGGCCCCUGCUGACCGUCGCAGGCGGGAGGUCUCCGGGGUAAAAGGCCGCCGAAGGCUGCCACGGUCUCAAGAGCAAGCAAGCCGAUCGCCAAGGGCCCGGAGGGUACAGGCCGCACGGCUCAGGGGGUCCAGCCCCUCGCCUUUUGCCGCCCUCGGGGGCCUUCCGUAACCGGCGCACUGCUGCGGCGGCGAAGCAUAUAGGAGGCGCGUAGGGCACAGGCAGGCACCUGGAAGGGGGCGCAGGCGGUCCCCUGGGCCCUUUUUGACAUCGGAGGCCUGUAGGGAACAGCCACGCAGCUGGAAGGAAGCGGAGGAGGCUACUUGGUCCCCUUUUGAGGCCUUCCACCCCCGGCAGGCGCGCUGUAACAAGGGGCCCGGGCUACCGGUGCCCCCCCUACGCUAGUCCUAGUAACAUGGUCCUCGCGACUCUUCAGGUAUAGUGCUGUACUCCGUGAGUGGGUUACUACUGCUACUUUCUUCAGGUAUAUUUAUAUUAACGCUUAAUGCUCUAACGUAUACCCAGCUAUGGGGGCGACGCCCGAUCGAGGGAUGGGGGAGAUGUCCGAGGAAAAGUUUGCCGAGUUUCUCCGGCGCGAAAGAGGCUACAGCAUAAUUAAGACUACUGCAGAUGUUGAAAACGAGGACCACAUGCCAAAUCAUUAUAGUACAAGUACAAUGGAUAGAUGCUACAACCAAAGGACAAGGCAGCGUUGGUGCAAAAAUCUACUGAAUGACUAUGCAUAUGUGGAUAUCAGAAAGGAAGAGGAGAAGGUCUCUAGUACGAUGACCCACAGCAUGCAGGACC